AACCACAAAAAUUGGUUAUGUUUGUUUACCUUGAACAGAAAAUUAUGUUGAUAAAAGAUAAUUCAUAAUAUAUUUAUUAUUUAUUUUGUUGUAACAUGAUUUUAUAUUUCCGUUAUUGUGAAAUAUCGGUCUUCGAUUUAAUGUGAAGCUUUGCAAGUUUUACCCUAUGAUAUUGAUAUUAUUUUACCUAUGUUGAGAUUGUUUUUAUCGUUUGAAAUUAUUUCUAGUCAUUUUAAAUAUUAAUUUAUUUGUGUGUAAGGGGUACAAUUCUAAAGUCAAUAUUAAAUAUACGUAAUUCUAACUUUUAUGAACUUAUAUCGAAUUUACCUUAAGAUAUAUAGUUAAUGUACAAUGCUAAAAAUUGAAAAAUUUGAUGUUGAGUACGAUGACCCUCAAGAUGAUAUUAUUUAUAAUUUAACUAAAAUUAAAGAGGAAGUCACUGAUGAGGAAGCUUAUGAUAAAUGUGAGAAGUCAUUUGAAACUCACGAUGAAAUUACCGAUAUAAAAAUAGAAGAAGUAAAAUUAGAGAAUUGUUAUGAUACUCUACAUAGUCCUGAUACUGAAUAUCAUGCCGAUUUGAGUUUAGAGAGAAGUGAAGUCAAGUGCCUUGUUAAACAAGAGCAUAAUACCUCCAAAUAUUUCUGUAAAAGAUGUUAUUAUAAAACCAAAAGCAAAAAGAAAUAUAAGGCACACAUAUUACAACACCUCAUUACCACACACAACUGUUAUUCUUGUGACGUGCAAUUCAAGCAAAAAUUCCAAUUAGACCAUCAUGUAAGGGAGAUGCAUCAUAAAACUGACGACGAACGAUUUUAUUGCACAAAAUGUUCGUACAAAACAAGGCAAAGGGGUCACCUAACGCGACACGAUUUGACACAUAGGAUUUCUAGAGAUGUUAUAAUCAAAUAUGCUUGUGAGUCAUGCGGAGCGAGGUAUAUGGGUAAAGAUGCCUUAAAACGUCACAUCACAGAUGUCCAUCAGGUUCUAGUCAGGAAAACAAAUAACUUGAGCAGUGACAAGAAGUAUGGAUGUAAUGAGUGUUCCUAUAAGACACAUAAGAAGGGCUUAUUGUAUUCCCAUAUGGACAAGCACAGAAAAGAGAUGGAUCUAUUUAGAUGUAACGAAUGUGGUUUCGAAUCAAAAUAUCGUAAGAACCUGAUCAAGCAUUUGGAAACGCACAGACCUAGAGAACUGCUAGAAGUGUAUCAAUGUAAAAUUUGUAAUUUUAAAAGCCGACUUGGAUCGUGUUUGAAGCGACAUUUGCAGAGCAAAAAACACCUGAUGAGGACAGGAGAACUAGAUAAUUAUGUUCCAAGAACCAAGUAGAUAGCUGUUGAGUCUUUAUGGACUAAUAAAAGUGACAAAGAUAGAAAUUUUCAGAGAUUUAGGAAACCUAUAUAUGUUAAUACUCUUUAAGAAGUUUAUUAUAAGACAAAUUUUAUCAAUUAUUUUUACAUAAUAUACUCAUUAGAUUUAAUAGAAGUCAUUUUAUUUAAUUAGGUUUAUAUAUAUAUGUAUUUUUAUGGUGUCAGGUUAUAAGA